AUGGUAUAUACAGUCCCCCCCAUCAUAUUCAUGGACGAUGUUUCCGGUAACAUAUCCAAACAAUGGAAUCAACAUCACGUGAUCUAUAUGUUGAACGCAAAUUUACCCUGUGAGAUGCUGGAGAAAGAAUUCUUUGUACGCUUUGUUACAUCUUCGCCUCAUGUUGCUCCCAUGGAACUCAUGCGGGCAAUGAAACAAUCAAUUUCAUUUGUUGCUACAUCCGGUGUCGUCGCAUGGGAUUGCAAAGAUAACGAAGAAGUCUUGCUGAUUCCGUGCGGGCUUUUCCUUGCUGGGGACAAUCCCAUGCAGGCAGAGGAGUGCAGCCAUGCAGGGCUAAACUGUAAUUAUUUCUGUUGGACGUGCGACAUUGGUGGAACAAAAGAAUUCAAGGCAUCUGAGAAUGGUUAUAGUAGCCUGUUCACGGUAAGCAUUCAGGAAAUCUGCGAACACCAGAAAGCACUGCAAACAACGAACAUCCGACAGCAGUUUGAGACAGCAUUGAAGUCUGGUGUGACGGAGAAAAUCAAGAAUUUGGUGUCGACGACGGGUAUUCGUGAUAUGGCCUCCACCUCUAUCAUCAACACCCUUGUGGAACUUGGAAAGAAGCUCCGAAAACGCGCAGCUGGUACUCAAGCAAUGUCUGAAGCCGAUGUCACAGCUGCACUGGAGAAGGAAUUCGAGGAACUUCUGCGAGGCAACACACUUGACGACACCAUCAACCCAUUGUUGGGGAUGGAUGGUCUCAAUAUGCACAUGGACACACCAACGGAAAUCCUGCAUACAGUGCUACUUGGUGUCGUCAAGUACUUCUGGGGGCAAACUGUAUUUUUACUCGAAAAAGCAAAGCUCAUGGACAUUUUUCAGACCCAUCUCCAUUCUGUCGAUACUGAUGGACUGAACGCUCCGUGCCUGGGUGCGGAUUACAUCUGCCAUUAUAAAGGUAGCCUGAUUGGAAAGCAUUUCAAGAGCUUGGCGCAAGUGAUGCUGUUCUUAAUUUAUGACCUCGUGCCUUCAACUGUUCUCGACGCAUGGACUAUCAUCGGUGAACUUGUUGUGCUUGUAUGGCACACCAACAUAUUGAAUAUGGAAGCUUAUCUUGUAAGUUUAUAUGCAAAUAUAGAUUCUAGGUCUCAUGCUGAGUCUUUCAGGCAAAGUUAUCUUGAACGAUCGAGGAUUUCCUUAACGUCACGGCACAAUGCUCCCCCAGUAUCAUUAUCAGCAAGCUGA